ACUUCCGUUUUAAAGUGUGACCACUUCCGUGUUGACCCACGUUUUGCACGUUACUCGGAGGUUCCAGUUAUUCUUCCAAGACUAGCAUUUUUAUUCAUUAUUAUUAUUAAGGAUGAGGCCACUUACAGAAGAAGAGACAAAAGCAAUGUUUGAGAAACUGUCGAAAUAUAUAGGAGAAAACAUAAAGCUCCUCGUGGACAGACCAGACGGCACAUACUGCUUCAGGCUUCACAAUGACCGCGUCUAUUACAUGAGUGAGAAGCUCCUCAAACUAUCCACAAACAUUUGCCGGACCAAUUUGGUGUCAGUCGGCACAUGUUUUGGCAAAUUUACAAAGUCCAAGAAGUUCCGGCUACACAUCACAGCUCUGGAUUUCCUUGCGCCCUAUGCUAAGUUCAAGGUAUGGGUGAAACCUGGAGCAGAACAGUCUUUCCUCUACGGAAAUCACAUCCUGAAGUCCGGUCUGGGCAGGAUCACGGAGAACACUAUGCAGUACCAGGGUGUGGUGGUUUACUCCAUGUCUGACGUACCCCUGGGGUUUGGUGUGGCAGCCAAGACGACGCAAGAGUGUCGGCGAGUGGACCCCAUGUCCAUCGUCGUGUUUCACCAGACUGAUGUGGGCGAGUUCAUCAGGAAUGAAGAUGCAUUAACAUAAAUCAAGAUUCUAUCAGUUGGACUGCAGAUUGUUGAUUUAUCAACUCAAACACACACAAAAUAUUUUUCAUAGAAAAGGAACAUUUUAGAAUGUGACAAUGUUACAAAGAUAACAUUAUUUAACAUUUAUUCAACAAACAAUAGCUACAUUUGAGGAACUCAACAUCUAUUCAACAAACUAACACGUUUGUGGAAUACAAAAAGUAAGAAAAACUUGGAAGUUGCAUAGUUAAAAUAAACUCAAACCAUGUUCAGUUUC